AAACAAUCAAGAAGGAAAGAAGUAGCUGGCAGUAGACAGAUACACCAUGGCAGCGCAAGAUCAGGGCACAAAUGGCAAGGGCCUCAACGAUGACGGCACCUCCAAGGACUACUACUUCGACUCCUACUCCCACUUCGGCAUCCACGAAGAGAUGCUCAAGGAUGCAGUGCGCACAGAAUCUUAUAUGAACGCUAUCAAGCAGAACAAGCACAUCUUCAAGGACAAGACAGUCCUGGAUGUCGGCUGUGGUACUGGAGUGCUUUCCAUGUUUGCAGCUCAGGCAGGCGCAAAGCAUGUCUACGGCGUUGACAUGUCCAACAUCAUUGACCAGGCCACAGAGAUUGUGCGGCUCAACGGCUUCGCAGACAAAAUCACCUUGAUCAAGGGCAAGAUGGAGGACAUCCAGCUGCCAGUCGAAAAGGUGGACAUCAUCAUCUCAGAAUGGAUGGGCUACUUCUUGCUCUACGAGUCCAUGCUCGACACUGUCCUGCUUGCUCGCGACAAGUACCUCGCGCAAGAUGGCAAGAUCUUCCCAGACGUGGCCACGCUUUUCGUCGCUGGUAUUGAAGACGGCGACUACUUUGAGGAAAAGAUCAACUACUGGGAUGACGUGUAUGGCUUUGACUACUCGCCAAUCAAGCAAAUUGCGCUGCGCGAGCCACUUGUCGAUAUUGUUGAGUUCAAGGCUGUUGUGACAGACCCUUGUCCUUUGUACAGAAUCGACAUCAUGACUGUUACAAAGGAAGAGCUCACCUUUACAAAACAAUUUCAGCUUCGGGCGCGUCGCAAUGACUUUGUUCAUGCAAUUAUGGCCUGGUUCGACAUUGAGUUCAACGCUUGCCACAAGCCAGUCAAAUUCAGUACAGGUCCACACGCUCGCUACACACACUGGAAGCAGACUGUAUUUUACCUUGGAGAGACCAUCACCAUCAAGGAGGGCGAAAUUCUGUCUGGUCAGAUUGACUCACGGCCGAAUGGCAAGAACCCGCGUGAUUUGGACAUCACCAUCGAUUACGCCUUUGAGCCAACCGAGGACAAGGACCGACAGCUUUCUCUCCACAAGGAAUACAAGAUGUGCUAAUAAUGGUCUCCUGUUGUUUUUGUACUUGUCUAGC